AUGGGUAAUCACGAGAAAGGGUUAAGGGCUUUCACUGAAGACCAGCCAAGUACCGAUGACGAAACUGGUCUCGAUAUAUCACAAUACAUCAAUGCGCUGACCCAGGAUCAAACCCAAGACAACGAAGGGGAGGAAAUCAUCGAGGAAUCCAACCACAGCGAUAAUGAUAAAAUCCAAGAUAAAAAAUCUUUGACAGCAAAUCCGGCCCAACCAAGAUGGUACAGAGCCAUACAGAGCAACUCACAUCCCGAGAGUGAAGCGCCAUCAGAUGCAUCGGCAAAAGAAUCCGAUUUUGAUCUGUUUGAUGAAGAUCCAGAAGCUGCAUACAAAGAGUUCAAGAACCGCCGGACUCUCAAGCGAAAGCGUGUUGCUGCUGAAACCAAGCGGAUUCGAUCUGAGAAGAAAUCGAAAGCUGCAGCGGCAACCAGUAUCAUCGGAAGGAAAUUGCAAGCUAAAAACCCCAGCAAGGAUGCUGAACGAGCCCGCCCAGGAGAAUUAAGCCUCUUCGGUGAUGACUCUAAUUCCGAGCGUGAUGCAGGAAAUGAAACAUACCUAGACGACCCGCCCCCUGAUUACGUCGAUUCACGGAGGCGCAAGUUGAGGCAGCUUCACGAAUCUGGUUUGCGAUAUCCACCGUCGUAUAAUGGAAUCGAUUGCUCUAGCUCGGAUUCUGAAGAGCGACCUGUCUUCAGUGGGGUCAAGCCUCAGCGACCAUAUGCAGGCAUUAAGCUUCGGGAAUCGCAAGGCAUUAUUCCCCCUCCAAUCGCCCAGUGGUUGCGAGACUAUCAAGUAGACGGCGUUCGCUUCCUUCAUGAACGAUUCGUUCGGCAAACAGGCGCUGUACUAGGCGACGACAUGGGUUUAGGUAAGACUAUCCAAGUUAUCGCCUUUCUCACCGCGGCCUUUGGCAAGACAGGGUUCAGUUCGGAUGCGAAACGGAUGCGAAAAGUGCGACGACUAGGGGAUCGCCGUUGGUAUCCCAGGAUCCUCAUUGUUUGCCCAGGCACCUUGAUGCAAAACUGGGAAGAUGAGCUCGAAAGAUGGGGCUGGUGGGACGUUCACAAGUACCACGGCAACACAUCAGAAAAGACAGCUGUUCUUGACGCAGCUAAGAAGGGAAUGGCCGAGAUCAUGAUAACCACAUAUACGACAUACAGGAUGAACGAGGGCCAGAUCAAUACCGUAGACUGGGACUGUGUCAUCGCAGACGAAUGCCAUCAGAUCAAGAGCAGAGAUGCAGCAGUCACAAAGGCGAUGAACAAAGUCAAUGCACUCUGUCGGAUCGGCCUCACGGGCACAGCCAUACAAAACAAGUACGAGGAGCUUUGGGCUCUCCUAAACUGGGUGAGACCUGGGUCCUAUGGGUCCUCACAAGAGUGGAAGCAGCUCGUUUGCACUCCUCUCAAAAUCGGACAAGCACAUGACGCAACGAACGAACAACUAGGCAAUGCACGACACAAGGCGCAAGAGCUAGUCACUGAGGUCCUCCCCGACGUAUUCCUUCGGCGGAUGAAAACUUUGAUUGCAGAUCAACUCCCAAAGAAAAGAGAUCUAGUUGUCUUCUGUCCGCUCACAGAAACGCAAGCAGACGCUUAUCGGACACUUAUCGAAACUGACACGUUUGAUUGUAUCCGUAGGGCAACCGAACCAUGUGACUGUGGCUCUGGUAAAACACGGGGUUGGUGUUGCUAUACAGAAAUCCCACACAAGGGGAAAUGGCAAUGCUUCACCUUUCCGUGCAUGGUCACUCUACAGAAGCUUUCAAAUCAUCUCGCUCUUUUGCUACCUAUGAGCACGGACGCUCCGGAGAAACAAGCAAAAGAUCUGGAUAAUCUACAACUAGCUUGUCCAGAAAACUGGAAGGAUCUUUACCGCAUCAAAGACAGCAUUUUCAACCAGUCCCAGCGCGAGUUUUGUGGUAAAUGGAAAGUUUUGAAACGCCUUCUCGAUUUUUGGCACGCGAAUUGCGACAAGGUUCUAGUAUUUUCCCACUCUGUCCGCCUCCUUCGACUCCUCAAAUCACUCUUCGACAUUGAUGGUACAAAAUACAACUUCUCCUAUCUAGAUGGAAGCAUGUCUUAUGAUGACCGCGCAAAAGCCGUCGCAGAUUUCAACUCUGAUCCAAAUCAGUUCGUCUUCCUUAUUAGCACGAAGGCGGGUGGAGUCGGGCUGAACAUUACAUCUGCCAACAAGGUCGUGGUUGUAGAUCCAAACUGGAAUCCAGCGUACGAUCUCCAAGCCCAAGACCGCGCAUACAGAAUCGGACAAACACGAGACGUUGAAGUCUUCCGUCUGGUAUCGUCGGGCACAAUUGAGGAAAUCGUCUACGCAAGACAGAUAUACAAGCAACAACAGGCCAACAUUGGUUAUACAGCCAGCGACGAACGACGAUACUUCAAAGGUGUGAUGGGUGAUUCCGGAAAGAAGGGCGAACUAUUCGGUAUUGCAAAUCUAUUCAGUUUUGCGGAGGAUGGCCUCUUGUUGCGAGAUAUCGUUCACAAAACUAAUGUCGCAGAAACGAGAGCCGGGGUCAAGGCAAUGGAAUUUGGCCUCAACAAUAACACCAACGAGUCUGAUGAUGAAUAUGAUCCACUCAGCAACAAAGCCCUCGGUCUUGAUGAAGACGACGAAAAUGACAACAGCCAGAUGAAGAAGUUUGCAGAAAUCAUCGCCAGUGGAGGCGAUGCAUCCAAAAUCAGAGGCAAGAAGAAAUACAUAAAACGCUCUGGCCCCGACCCUGUCAAUGCCAUUCUCGCAAAAGCAGGGGUACAAUAUACUCAUGAGAACUCGGAAGUCAUAGGUUGUUCCGAAAUCGAAGCCAAAUUGAGUCGUAAAGCUAUAGAACUUCGUGGCGACCUUGAACUUGGCCCCGAACGUGUAUUCCAGUUUUCGCAAUCGCAAAGUCAACGCCAGGGUUUGGAGUUUGAAGAAGAUCGCCCAGAUCACAGUAAUGCGGAGUUAUCUGGUGAAGGGAGGAGAAGGGAUAGGGAUGACUUCAAUAUUAACUAUAGGUAUAAACCGAACGAGGAAGUGAGGAGGAGGCAAUUUUGCAGUAUUGCAAAGAUGAUGGGGUAUGAGGAUCCGGUAGAAUUUGCCCUGGAAGUAGAGGAGAUGGCACAAGAGCAGAGGAGGAAGGUGUUGGAUAAGUUUUACAGGAAGAGGAGGAGGGAGAUUGUAGUAAAGUUUACGGGUUAGUGGGGGAAGAAGCUAAGAUGAGCUUUGGUGGGCCGGAUG